AUGGAAUCAACUAAUAUUGUCGAAGAACCACAAGUACAAAAUGAUAUUGAAAAUUCAGAAGAUGAUGAAAUAGAUGAAACUGAUGAUGAAAAAGAAGAAGAAGAAAUUGGUGAAGGUGAUGAAGUAAAAUCUACUACCAAAAAGAAAAAUAAAAAGAAGAAAAAAAGUAUUUAUGUUAUUUAUUUUUAUUUAACAAAAGAUUAUGUUUUUAUUUUUUUUACAGCUACAGCUACAGCGCCAGUAGCAAAUGGCUCUCCUACAACUGUACCUAUUCGUCAACAAACAAAUCCUCCAUCAAUACCUAUUUGUGAAUUAUAUCCAAAUGGAAAUUAUCCUGAAGGAGAAAUUCUUACACAUCCCACACCGAAAAAUCCACCAACAAAUGGAAUGCUUGCUGUUAAUCGUAUUACAAGUGAAGAGAAACGUAUGCUUGAUAUGGCUCAAACAGAAAUUUAUCGAGAAUUACGUUUAGCAGCUGAAUGUCAUAGACAGACACGAAAAUGGGUUAUGAGUUGGAUUGAACCUGGAAUGAAAAUGAUUGAUAUUUGCGAACGAUUAGAGGAUAUGAAUAGAAGAUUAAUUAAAGAAAAAGGUCUUGAAGCUGGUCUAGCAUUUCCAACAGGUUGUUCAAUAAAUAAUUGUGCUGCUCAUUAUACACCAAAUAAUGGUGAUAAUACAAUACUUCAACGUGAUGAUGUUUGUAAAAUUGAUUUUGGUACACAUAUUAAUGGUCGAAUUAUUGAUUGUGCAUGGACACUUGCAUUCAAUCCAAAAUAUGAUGAAUUACUUCAAGCUGUUCGAGACGCAACAAAUACUGGAAUACAGACAGCAGGUAUUGAUGUACGUUUAUGUGAUAUUGGUGAAGCAAUUCAAGAAGUAAUGGAAAGUCAUGAACUUGAACUUGAUGGAAAACUUUAUCCAAUUAAAUCUAUUCGUAAUCUUCAAGGUCAUCUUAUUGGACAAUAUCAUAUUCAUGCUGGUAAAUCAGUUCCUAUUGUUAAAGGUGGUGAAGGAACUCGUAUGGAGGAAGGUGAAAUUUAUGCGAUUGAGACAUUCGGUAGUACAGGUAAAGGUGUUGUACAUGAUGAUAUGGAAGUAUCACAUUAUAUGAAACAUUAUGAUGCUGAACAAGCAUCUGUUAGAAAUGCUAAAGCUAAACAAUUAUAUAAUACAAUAUCAAAAAAUUUUGGUACAUUAGCUUUUUGUCGCCGAUGGUUAGACCGCUUAGGUGAAAGUAAAUAUUUACUUGCAUUAAAAAGUCUUGUUGAUGCUGAAGUUGUUAAUCCAUAUCCACCAUUAUGUGAUAUAAAAGGUUGCUACACAGCACAAUUCGAACAUACAAUUAUAUUAAGACCUACAUGCAAAGAAGUUGUUAGUCGAGGUGAUGACUAUUAA